CCGACAGUCUCUUCUCCGUUCACCUUCCCAUCUACAAAUCUACCUCUUGGUAAUACACCUCCUCCCACCGGUCGCAGACCAAUUGCGAUACCCCAGAGAUAUCCCGAUCCGGCAUCACCGUUUCUCGCAGCUUAUCCUCCGUCGCUGUUAAGGCAUGGCAUCCCAGCGAUGACUUGGUACUCUUUUGUGGAUACAAUAUCCGCAUUCUUGACUGCGCGUGUCGGGAAGCGAGCCAUCAGCCAUGCUGGUGAUAUCGCUGCUGGGCUCGGAAAGGUGCCUCAGCAGUUCUGCAAAGAUACCGUAAAUCACGCCAAACCAAUAGUCAAGGACCUUGGCAAGCAUGCGAAAAAGGGAAAUAUCCUCAGCGUCGUUGGAGGUGCCAUUGGUGGAGCAGUUAGAUUGACUGUGGGCACUGCUACUCGUCUAGUUGGCUCGGUUCUAUCGCUUCCUGGUAACGCGAUUACCACAGCAGCGAACCCGCAAACACCCCGAGGCCGAGCGGAGGCGUACGCGGCGGCGGCAAAUAAAGACUGGCUAUAUUCCAGAGGGCUGCAAUUAUCUUUGAUGACUACUGAAGAGCUUUGUAACCUGGUUGGGGUGUCAGUUGCACAGGUGCUU